UUCUUUUUUAUUAGUUAAUGAAACUCUCCGGGAUUAUAUACAAGUUCUUUUAGCUUUGCACAAAAUGAAAUACUUUUAAAAGGUUUAUACGUGUGAAAAGUUCAUUUGGUUACAGUUGUUAAGCUGUCGAAGGUAUUUCUUCUUUAGUAAAUCUGCCUACAGGCGAUGGAAAUCGAAUCUCCAUAGAGAGGAAUGGAUGGUACAAGACUGGUGUCUUUGGAACAAAUAGAAAACUGCCCAGUCGGGCAAAAGGUUAGGUUUCUGGGAUAUGUUCACUCUUACGUUAAUGGAAUUUUAUGCCUCCAAGAUGGAUCAAGCAUGGUUGAAUGUGAUUUAGCUGCUGUUCUCGGACACGUAAAGAUUCAAAUACGGGAAUGGUUGGACAUUGUGGGUCGUAAAUGUUCAGAUGGAAAGGUUGAUGUACUAUUAGUACGGUCAGUAGUAGGAAUGGAUCUCCCAAAGUAUAGGAAAGCUCUUCAAUGGCGGCAGGAACUUGCAUCCGAAUGGAACCCUUUUUAAGGCUCGCCCAAUUGAGCAUUGAGAAGAACUUGCUUUUAGGUAUGCUUUCAAGGUAUUAAAAAACAAAAAGAAGGUAUUGAUUCAAUGGAUACAAGAUAGACUAGUAAUUUUUAUGAUUAUAAAGCUUGCAAAAUUAAACAGUUAUUGACAUUAUGAAAACUAGAAUUGAAUUUAUUGAUGGAUCAUAA